UAUAGUAUAGUAUAUUUUAUUUUUUAGUCUCUAUAGUAUAGUGUAUUUUAAAAUGGGGUUUCAGAGUUUUUAGGGGGUUUUGAAUGUUUUAUGUAGUUUUUAUGUAGUUUUAUGUAGUUUUUCAAUUUCAUUGUCCUGCACAGGACAAUGACAAUAAAGAUAUCGUAUCGUAUCGUAUCGUAGUAGGUAAAGAAGAUCGCACACGGGUGGAGGGAAGUACUGGGCUGUGGGGGAGGAGGUAAAGGGAUUAAUUGAAAUUGCUAAUGAUUGGUAUGGGAUUUAAGAGAUUUAAAUUUUUACAAAGAUUCUAUAAGGAAAGCAGAAAGCAGCAAGAAAUAUGAAGUAAAGGUGUCAGAGAGGAGAUCAGUGUAAAUGAAAACAGGAGACUUGUGGUUCUGUUACAUAUGAUUUUAUUCUGGAGCUGUCUGUUUAUUUUGGAGUUGUUUGUUGUAAAGAAUGUAUAUUAUGUGAAUAAAAUAAUAAAGGAAUCAGAAGGCUGUCUGGCCCUUGGGCUGAAGAUCUGCCUUCAGCAAGCAGAAUUUGCGUAGUAAAAGGAGACGAUUUGGGAAGAAUGGGAAAGAGUGAAGCAGGUGAAAAACAUGAAGUUUUAGGCUUAUGUUUUGGGGGUUAGGGGAAUUCAAGGUCAACUGACCUCUCUCUUACAGAUUACACCCUGUGGCCCUUCUGGGUAGACACCCACGUGGACCCCCCCUUCCAGAAAAGCAGGUGAGAUCUUUAGAUGAAGGGUGGAAUACAAAUUUAAUUAACAAUAAUAAUAAUAUGGAGUGUUUAUAGGACUGGUAGUGUUUUUGAGGGUGUUUUUCUGCAGCAUCUCAUUGACCAGGCAUAGGCAAACUCGGCCCUCCAAAUGUUUUGGGACUACAAUUCCCAUCAUCCCUGACCACUGGUCCUGUUAGCUAGGGAUGAUGGGAGUUGUAGUCCCAAAACAUCUGGAAGGCCGAACUUGCCUAUGCCUGUCAUUGACUCACACUAAUGUGGCUUUUAAUCUGUUUUUGGCUCAUUUUCAUUUCUCAAAAGUCUUAAAUUAUUGUUGUUAAUUCUUCUUGAAUUGCAUUGUUUUAUCUUUUUCGCAAACCUCUUUGAGGGGUUGGUUGUUGGUUUUUUUACAAUCAAUUUUUACAAAUUUUAUGAAAUAAAUAGUGAUGGAUUUAUACUGGGCGGUCCGCACACAUUGUACCGCUUAUUAGAUUCCCUGAUGCGAUGCUUCUCUAAGGUUACCAUGUCUUUGUCAUCCGCGUGGGCAACUGUUGUGCUGUAACGCGACGAAAGCGGGGCAAAAUAAAUACAUAAACUAGAACGUUGUUUAUAUCUCCCUGGUCCUGAAUGGGGUACCUGUGCCCCCGAAGGACCAGGUGCGCAGCCUGGGAGUCAUUCUGGACUCACAGCUGUUCAUGGAGGCGCGGGUCAGUUCUGUGUCCAGGGCAGCUGUUUAUCAGCUCCAUCUGGUACGCAGGAUGAGACCCUACCUGCCCGCAGACUGUCUCGCCAGAGUGGUGCAUGCUCUAGUAAUCUCCCGCUUGGACUACUGCAAUGCGCUCUACGUGGGGCUACCUUUGAAGGUGACCCGGGAACUGCAACUAAUCCAGAAUGCGGCAGCCAGACUGGUGACUGGGAGCGGCCGCCAAGACCACAUAACACUGGUCUUGAAAGACCUACAUUGGCUCCCAGUACAUUUCCGAGCGCAAUUCAAAGUGUUGGUGCUGACCUUUAAAGCCCUAAACGGCCUCGGCCCAGUAUACCUGAAGGAGCGUCUCCACCCCCAUCGUUCUGCCCGGACGCUGAGGUCCAGCUCCGAGGACCUUCUGGCGGUUCCCUCAUUGCGAGAAGCCGAGGUCACAGGGAACCAGGCAGAGGGCCUUCUCGGUGGUGGCGCCCACCCUGUGGAACGCCCUCCCAUCAGAUGUCAAAGAGAUAAACAACUACCUGACAUUUAGAAGACUUCUGAAGGCAGACCUGUUCAGGGAAGUUUUUAAUGUGUGACAUCUUCGUGUAUUUUUGGUCUUUGUGGAAGCCGCCCAGAGUGGCUGGGGAAACUCAGCCAGAUGGGCGGGGUACAAAUAAUAAAUUACUAUUAUUCUUAUUCUUAUUAUUAUAUUUUAAAAGAUGCAGGAUUUCAUCAGCAGGUUAUGGGGCAUGUGCCAACUGGGGUGUCCAAACCCCAAAACAAUGUCAAAAGGCAGUUCUGCAUCUAACUUCCCUGAAACCAUCUUGAGCACAAAUUGUCAUUAAUGCACAAUACAAAGGGCCUUUCAGGGAGCUGUUUAUUCCCCCCACUUGGGGAGAGACACUGAUGUUUGUUUUAUGCUUAAAGGGCUCUGUGCCCCUAAAAACCGUGCAGCAGGCAGGAACCCAACAGGUGAAGCUCUCCUUUGUGUCCUGGGGAAAACUGUAUCUGUUGGAUUUCUGCCUGCCAUGUUAAAAACACAUAUACCAUCCCGACACUUUUGUUGUUGUUUUAAAGGCAACAAACCUCAUGACUCUUUUGUCAAUGUUCCCCUCAGCGAUGGCUCAAUACGAGACCGCAACAUGCGACCCAUAAAUCUGUACCCUGAGGUGCCGGCUGUGCUGGAGCAGCUGCAAGCGGAGGGGAUCCCUAUGGCGGCUGCCUCACGGUGAGUCCAGAUCCUGCACCCAUCCCUGCAGGCCCCAAACCGCCUCCAUUUAUUCCGGGUUACUUGGCUUGACAGCCUUUUUUAGGGAGGUUUUUAAUAUUUAAUGCUGUACUGUUUUUAACAUUUGAUUGGGAGCUGCCCAGAGUGGCUGGGGAAACUCAGCCAGAUGGGCAGGGUAUAAAUAAUAAAUUAUUAUUAUUAUUAUUAUUAUUAUUAUUGGACUCCAUGUCAACAGGGACAUCCACACCAUGUUUGCUGCUUGCCGACCACCUUAAAGUUCCGUGUUAAAGUUCCGUUGUGUGACUAGUCCCUAUGAAGUCUUUUAAAUGUGUUUGUGGGACGGUUUACUGGCUUGCUUUUCUUUCUUGUCCUUGAUUUCACUACGCAUUUUGUGUUCUCCUUUUGUGCUUUGUGCUGUGAACCGCCCUGCUAUUUUCCUAGAAGAAAGAGGAAUUCGCCAUGAACGCCUCUCUUACAACGGCAGUGGCACUGACUUGAGAGGUGCCGGAACCUGAGCUUACAAAUUUAACCUUGGUUGACGAUGGGAGACAAUGGAAGAAUGCACCUUUGGGGGUGAGGUCAAGAUAUUGCCUGCUGUUGCUGCAGAGAUGAUAUGGGAGAGACAUGUUUUGUUGCAGCCGGGGCAGAGUAAGGUGUCUGGUUGCAUCGUGGUACAGUGGUACCUCGGGUUAAGUACUUAAUUCGUUCCGGAGGUCCGUUCUUAACCUGAAACUGUUCUUAACCUGAAGCACCACUUUAGCUAAUGGGGCCUCCCGCUGCCACUGCGCCGCUGGAGCACGAUUUCUGUUCUGAUCCUGAAGCAAAGUUUUUAACCCGAGGUAUUAUUUCUGGGUUAGCAGAGUCUGUAACUUGAAGCGUAUGUAACCUGAAGUGUAUGUAACCCGAGGUACCACUGUAUUUCUUCUCUCCGUUCUCGUCCCAGCGGUCAUUUCUCCUCAGGUCCCUGCUACGGAUGCACGACUUGACUGCCCAUCUCCAGGCACUGCAGUCGUCUGCAAGGGGGGGUAUUAUUUAAUAAACAAGAUGAAUAAGCGAUCUCAAAUAUGAAUCUCUCCACCCCUCCCUCUCUCUUCCUAGGACAGGUGAGAUCCGGGGGGCUAAUCAGCUGUUGGAUCUCUUCGGCCUGAACCGCUUCAUCCACUACGCAGAGAUCUACCCGGGCAGCAAAGUCACCCACUUUCAAAAGUAAGGGAAGACCUACAUCCUGUUGGAUGGGGGGCAUAGAGGGGGCGGCGGCUGUGAAAACAGGAGCCUGGAGCAGCUGGCCCAUGGACUCUUUGUACACCCCCACAGUGAUGUCCCCCAAGUUCCGUCCGUUUCUUGGGCCUAAUCCUGCCCGCCGGUUGGUUUAUUUGAUUUUUUUUAUUAUUACGGUCCAGUUCUGGCUCACUUACAAUAUUAAGAAAAUCAUAAAACACAACAGGAAUACAUUGAAUUGCAAUUGGGUAUAACAGAGGCAAUUCAGACACAGUGGUACCUCGGGUUAAGUACUUAGUUCGUUCCGGAGGUCCGUUCUUAACCUGAAACUGUUCUUAACCUGAAGCACCACUUUAGCUAAUGGGGCCUCCUGCUGCUGCCGCGCGAUUUCUGUUCUCAUCCUGAAGCAAAGUUCUUAACCCGAGGUACUAUUUCUGGGUUAGUGGAGUCUUUAACCUGAAGCGUAUGUAACCUGAAGCGUAUGUAACCCGAGGUACCACUGUAUAGCAGCAGUUAAAAAUAUAUAUUAAAUAUUGAUCACUGAAAUAUAACCUAAAAUUGUCAUUUAAAACCUUAAUCAUUUUGGUAGUACGGUUUAAUCCGGCCCCUGUGGCAGUUUAUUUCCUGGAGUAAAAUCCUAAAAAAAAAAGCUCACUAACUUCAACCCUAAAAAAAAGGUUAACGACUUUGGUUGGCCCUUUGGUCUGCCCUCACGGCCCUUCACUUCAUCAAAUCUGGCCCUCUGUGAAAAAAGUUUGGACACCACUGACGGAGGGCACGCCAUUGGCAAGGCUGGUCUAUGGGAGCAACGGGACGGGGAUUUCUCAUUCUGCCCCCUGCCUGUUCCUCCUCAGGUUGUCUCAGCAAACCGGGGUUCCCUUUUCGCAGAUGCUCUUCUUCGACGACGAGAGCCGCAACAUUUACGACGUCAGCAAAUUAGGUAACGGGGAGAAAUGUGCCCGCUGCGUGUGACCCCCUCGCCCGUAGGCGGCGGAGGCUGCUGUCUGUGGGGCAAAGGGGGCACCCGCCUCACUCUUGGGAGCUGCUGUAGGUCAGGGGAGACAAGCCUGAGCUAAGCGGACCCCAAGGCUGUUUCUGAAUAAGUCCGCUUCGUACGAAGGGGGGCGGGGAGAUGUGCAAUCUAUUUCCCCCCUAUUUCGCUUCCACGUAGGAGUCACAUGUAUCCUCGUCCCCAACGGCAUGAACCUGUCCCUCCUGAAACAGGGCCUAGAAGCCUUCGCUCGAUCCUGA